AUGAAAAGAAUCGCAGCAACUUUGUUGAUAUUUGUCCUUUUCGUAGCCGUUUUGGGCUCACCUCGGCGCAACAAGAAUCAGGGAGAACGGAAAAUUUUCAAGUACCCACUUUCCCCUUACGACAAACGAUUGCCCGAUGGAAAAAUUGCUGGUCAAUACACGUCCGUGUCGCCAAAACUGAAAUGGCCGAACGCGACUGUUUACUGGGCCUACGAUCCGGCCAACAAUUUCACUGCUACUGAAAAGGGAAUCAUUAAGAAAGGAAUGCAGGAAAUUCAAAAUACGACAUGCAUCAAAUUCAUCGAAAGAACUACAGAAGCGGCGUACAUCAACAUAAAGAACGACGUCGCUGGUUGUUUUGCCACUUCCGACUAUCAGGGCACGAAGCAGGACUUGAAUUUGGAGAAAAACUGCUUUGGCGAUGCAACCACGACGAUUCAUGAAAUAAUGCACGCGAUGGGAUUCGACCACGAGCAAAAUAGAUACGAUCGCGACAUGUACGUUGAAGUUCAAUGGGACAACAUUGAGGCGGGCAGGGCAAGCGCGUUCGAAAAACAGCCCCGAACCAAAGCCUAUCCUCGUUACCCGUACGACUUUUUCAGUCUCAUGCAGUACUUUUUGACCGGAUUCGGUAUUGGAGGAAGACCGACUUUGGUUCUCGUGAAUCCGCUGUCGCCCGACGCAGCCAGCAAGAUCGGAAACGCUCCGAAUAUGAGCAGGACCGAUAUUUUGCGAAUCCGCUCGGCGUACAAAUGCGACUCCAACGGAGAAAGUUCUGGUCUUGGCCGCGCAUUCCUCGGCCAAGAAUCUAAUUUUGCAAAGCAUAAUUUCUUCUAA